AUGGAAGCUAAUUAUGAGAACUAUUGUCGAAUUUGUUUAGACGUAGAAUCUAAACAUAUUUGCAUUUUCAGAGAUUCGACCAUUCAAAUGCACAUAAAAUCAUGCCUCACUGUUAAUAUUCAUGAAAACGAUAAUCUUCCAAAGAGUAUUUGUGAAUCCUGUGUGUGUCAAUUAAGUAAUUUUUACCAUUUUCAAUUAAAUGCACAAUGCUCUCAAGAUUGGUUGGAGACAUCGAUACAAGAGAAGCGAAAAUAUUCAGAACAAAAAACAUACAUUCAUCCAUUACCUGACUCUGAAUAUAAUUCAGAUUCUCUUCUAGAAUUUUUAAACAAUACCGCGAAUAUUGAAGAUUAUUUGAAUAACUUGGGUAAAGAGGACAUACCAACUAUUGUUAACAUCUUAGAUAGAACUGAAGGUGACAAAGUUAAAAUACCUCCAAGUCAAAAGAAAAAAGCAAUUAAAAUGGACAUAGACGUAUUAGACUCAGAUAAAGAAAUAGUAAAGGAGUUGUUAAUGAAGGAAUCAAAACCAAAAAAUACUGAUCUCCAUUCAUGUUUCGCCUGUAAUGAAACAUCAGACAGCAUUCAAACACUGUCUAGACAUUUAAGUGUUUGUGAAAGUGCAAGUCGAACUUGUGUUCUCUGUAAACAGCUAUUUAAUUCCAAACAAAAAAUGUUACAACAUUUUCUAACACACAAUAUAACUGAGCCCUUAACAUGCACAUGUGGAAAACGGUUUGAAAAUAAAGAAAAGCUUAAUUAUCAUACAAAAAACUGUAAUGUGGAUCAUAUUGCAUCAAUGGGGUUCAUGUACAGAUGUAAGCAAUGUAAGGAAACUUUUACAGAGAGGUUUCAACUAUUUAAACAUGCCAAAAAGCAUAUUUUACGAGGGGAACAGCAGAUGUGUGACAUAUGUGGGCAUAUAUUUACAGGAAAUGAGGCCUUAGAACAACAUAGGAAACAGGAACAUAAUAAAUUGAACAAUUGUAAAUAUAGGUGCAAACAGUGCAGUUUCUCAUCAGUCAAUCGCAAGGAAAUGUAUCAUCAUGUGCAAAAACACACUAUUGGAAAGAAUUUAAAGCAUUUAUGUGAAUUGUGUGGAAAAUGUUUCUCUUCCAAAUUAACCCUACAAAGACAUUCCUUGCAACAUAACUCUACUAACUUAAGUAAAAUAAAAGAAAAAUGUGAAUCUAUGGUUAUAUGUGAAAAGUGUGGCGAGACCAUAAUUAAUAUAGACAUAAAUAAACAUAAAUGCAUGUGA